GGGGCGCCGGGCAGGGGGCCCGUCUGUCUGUGGGAACCCCGGGGUCGGGUCCCCACUGCUGGCGCAGGGCCAAGAGCGCCAGGCAGGUGGCCGGGGGCAGGCUGGACAAGGAGCAGCCCGGCCAGGCGCCAGGGGCCAGGGUCACGGGGCCGCCAGGGCUGCGGACAGUCCUUGGCACCGGUGCUCUGUCCCCAGGCGCGCCCGCCGGACCCAGCGGCCCCCCCACCAUCUCCCCGGCCAGGCUCUCGGUGCCCGAGGGCGGCAACGCCUCCUUCACCUGCAGCCUGUCCCACGACGCCCUUCCGACGCCCCACGACACCCAGCCGGCGCCCCGCGACACCCAGCAAGCGCGGCUCAACUGGUACCGCCUGGGCCCCGGCAACCAGAGCAGCAAACUGGCCGCCUUCCCGGAGGACCAGCACCAGGCUGGCCAGGACUGGCGCUUCCGCGUCACGCCGCUGCCCGGCGGCCGGGACUUCCUGCUGACCCUGGUGGGCGCCCGGCCCCACGACAGCGGCACGUACCUCUGUGUGGCCAUCUACCUGAACCCCAGGGUGCACUUCUCAGAGAGCCCCCACAUCAAGCUCACCGUGACGGAGCGAGCCCCCCAGACGCCCACCGAGCGCCCCAGCCCUACGCCCUGGCCUGCCGGCCCGUCGCGGAGCCUGGUGGUCAGCGUGGCCAGCGUGCUGGCGGCC